AUGGCCUCAUCUAGUCAAACAGGCGACCUGCAAAACAAUUUGUUAAAGAUUCAGACAGAAUUACGACAUAUAAAGUAUCCGGGAACGAUUGAAGAAUACGGGUCAAAGAAGGGACAUCCAUCUGCAUUCCUCCCAUUAUUGCACUACAUUCUCUUGGAUUAUUCCCAACGUCUAGCAAGGAGAUUCGCGUCAUCUGGUUAUGAAUUGUAUGCUCAAAAGGACGCCAGAUUUGUUGAUUCUGUAUACAAACUCUUACGAGACCAAUUCGGAUAUCGACCGGCCCUGAGCAAGGAACAGUUUUUAACAACAGGCUUUGCCGAACGAAAGCUGAUACUAAUCGGAGACGUUAUUCGUCUGUGUCGUAAUCUCGACGUAGAUCUAGCUCGUGGCAUUGUGUCUGAUCCAGUACAGCCAAGCCAUAUCAUCGGAUCUGCCACUACUGCGUUGGGUCUUGUAGUAGCAGCCAACAUGGCCUCAGCGACACCGCCAGACAGUAAUGGCCCGUUGACGUCUCCACUGAGCAGAUCUCGACAACUCUCUGGACCAUUAGCAAACAAGACGGUUAAUGCACCACCUACUGCAUCAUCGAGUCUGAAGACAACACCGUCACGUCUAGUCCAACAACAAACAACAUCGACAACGACCAUGCCCAAUGGUAAAAGGACGGGAACUUCUAGGUCUACGUCGGAUUCGUCUCAUAUACCUUCUGCCGUGAAACCGCCUCAGCCUCAUCGAAAGCUUUCACCGUCAAGAUCGGCUGGAGUGGGUAAUAUACUAGUAGGAAACAACGUAAUGCUUUUACCGAAUAAAUCGCCGGAUGAAGUGUCGUCGUGGCCACGAUCUCAUCAAGAUGGUAAUAAUGCAUGGUCAUUGCUUAAACAAGUAGGAACGAGUGAUGUGCAACAGUCACACACGCAUUCGAGAUCACAAUCGCAUCAAAAUAUGAAUGACUCGUUUCCACAUUCAUAUCUGCAGAGUGCCGAAGGAGGAACUCUAGCAUCUUUAGAUUCGCCUUCUGAUCAAAUCGCAUCAUACAAUUAUAAUAAUAAUAAUAAUGUCCCAAGACCCAUAACAUCACACCCUCCGAUAAAUCAACGUGAGGAUAUCCCACCAAACCAUCGCCUAGAAGAGACGUAUAUAGAUGCUGAAUCUAUAGUAAAUCAUCCACCAUCUAGAUUCAUGGCUACAGAUGCAUGGUCUCUACAUGUAGCAGGCAAGUCAUCGUCACCGCGGAAGGGAUUCGCGGAUGGAUAUGACAAUGCAGCUGCAGCCCCGUCACCGACAAAUGGAAUCUUAUCUUACGAAUCACCCCAACGGCAGAUACUACGACCUAGUAUGCCAUCAGGCACUAAUUAUGCAUAUAAUACUUGGCAGAAUCCUGCACCUGGUGAACAGGAUGGGAGACUGCUGGAUGGAGAUUUGGACGGAGGGAAUGAUGCUUCGAUUGCUGUUGAACCUUCUGCACCACCGUUACCUCAUUCUGAUCUAUUGCCUCGCCAACCAAACCAGUCGUCAUAUAAAGCUGACGGACUCGAUUAUCCUCCACUAAGGAGAUCGAUACUUAAAACUGGAGAUUCGCCCCCACGACCUAUGUCAACAACAAUAGGCGAUGGUAGUAUUGGGAUACGUGGAGUGACAUAUCCUCAGACAUCACCGAAACGGUUUAGGAUUGAAGAACCGAACAAUAUACCGCAAAAGGACAUCCCUAGUUUGAAAUGGUCGACGAAUGUUAAUAAUAGUCAGAAUACUGCUGCUCAGUCGCAGCAACAGUAUCAACAGAGUAUUUAUUCAUCACAGAAUAAUGACUAUGGGUACAUAAAUCUUCUACCUCAAAGGCCGAGUGAUGAGACAAUAGCGAGCAGUAAAAGUAAUCAGGUGGAUGCGGACCAGCCUGGGCUAAUACGUAUGCUGAUGAGCAAGGUGGAGGACCUAACAAGAGCAAAUGUGCAACUACGUGUGGAGGUUGUCGGGAUGGCGAAACGAAUCGAUUCGUUAGAAAACAUCAUACAUUCGAAUGAUGAAUCGAUAGGGUUACGGUUAGCUAAACUAGAACGUGUGUAUCAGCAGCAGCAGCAACCAAUACCGCCGCCGCAUCCACUUCCACAGCUACAGCAACAACAUCCUUCAAGUGAGGAGAAGCGCACUGGUACCCAUUUGACGAAUGGCAAUGUUGCUGGAGUAGCUCUCAAGGAGUCGCACAAUGGCGGAAUGGAUGGCUCUAACAGUGGGUUGUCAUGGGUGCGGAAUCCAACAUUUGUACCCUCGACAUUAUCAUCAUCACUGUCUCGACAAGAUACUGUAGACUCUCAUGAACCUUGUCCUGCCUCUGAUAUUCGUCCAUCUGAAUCUCAACCAGAACGAAGAUUUGCUGCUGAUCCUGAUGAAUCUGCUGUAUCGCAUCAAAGGCCACUUUCUGAGCCUGGUUCUAGCUCUGCGACGGGUACAGCACAGACCAUUAAAAGGAUGGAAGAAAAGAUGCGUCAAUUACGAGAGCGCACUAAGGGGUACGGGUCCUCAAGAGGACCUACAUAA